GCACCCACCGGCACCCCCGGCACCCCCCGCGGCCGACAGCGACCCAGCGGGGCCGGGCCCAGCGGGACGGCGGGGCGAGGCAAUCAUGGCUCUCUACAACAAUGGGGCUGACGUGCCUUCGCCCCAGGAAGCCUCCAACGGCUUCCCCCAGCCCAGUGCCUCAGGCACAUGGCACAAGGGCGAGGAGGAGGUGCGGCUGGUGGAGCCCAGCAUGGUGAAGAAGGCUCACCGGGAAAUCCUGGACCACGAGCGCAAGCGGCGGGUGGAGCUGAAGUGCAUGGAGCUGCAGGAGAUGAUGGAGGAGCAGGGGUACUCGGAAGAGGAGAUCCGACAGAAAGUGGGGACCUUUCGGCAAAUGCUGAUGGAGAAGGAGGGUGUGCUCACCAGGGAGGACCAGCACGGGCGCCAAAUUGUGAUAGAAAACCACCAUGGGGAGGAUGGGGAGGAGUAUGCAGUGGAGUACCCUGACUAUGGAGAGGGCUGCCUGCUGCAGUGCGACUGCUCGGCCGAGUGCUACCGCGAGGACAGCGGCCACCGCGAGUACAGGCUGAAAAGACGCUCGAGCAGCUCCACCUCUCCUCCACCCAAGAAGAAAAAGAAGAAGAAAUCAGGUCACCGCCGGAGCCGCAAAAAGAGGAAACCCGGCUCAGAGCGCAGCUGUGACAGCUCUUCACCCAUCCGCAAGGAAAAGAAAAAGAAGACUGGAAAGAAACACAGACGUGACAGGUCUGAAUCGGGGUCACGAAAAAAGAGAAGACACAGGUCCCGAAGCCCCAAGAACAAACGGAAAGAGAAAAACAAAGAGCGCAAGAGGUCCCGCAGCGAGUCCCCGGCCUGGCGCUCGCACCGCCGCAGCUCCUGCAGCUCCCACAGCGCCUCACUCUCCUCCGACGACAGCGGCUCUAAAUCCCCGGGCAGGCUAAGCCCCAAGCGCCGGCAGGAUGGCCCCAAGGGCAGCAGCGCCCGCUCCAGCCGCAGCCCGUCCUCCCCCUCGCCCCAGCGCUCGGCCUCGCCGCACCAGAACGGGCACAAGGGCAGCGCCCAGAACGGCCGCCACAGCCACGGCGCCCCGCUCCCGGAGCCCUCGGAUAGGCCGGCCUCGGCGUCCCCCUCUCCGCGGGCUCACGGCAGGACGGAGCCGCCGUCCCCCCGCAGCCGGGGGAGCCGCCACGGCGCCCGCAGCCCCCGCUCGCCCUCGCCGGAGCGGGCCAAGCACGGCCACCGGCAUCGCUCCCGCAGUGCCUCGCCGCCGUCCCGACACCGCGGCCAGAGCAAGGGGCGGCCCCCGGGCCCUCGGGAGCCGCCACCGCCGCCGCUCAGCCCCGCCGGCUACAGCAGCGACUCGGAGGGCUCGGCCGGCUCCCGUCCGUACCACCCGGCCGCCGGCUCCGACAGGAACCACGGCGCGCACGGCAAGAAGGUGAAGGAGCGGCACCAUCGGGGCCGGCCCAACAGCAGCUCGGAGUCGUCAGCCAAGCACUCCCGGCACGCCUCGGAGCGGAGGAAGAGCCCGUCCCGCAGCCCGGGCCAGCGCAGCAGCUCCUGGAGCUCCAGCGGCUCCCUCUCCAAGUCCCGCUCCCGCUCCCGGGAGAAGAGAGCAGCACGCAGCCGCUCCCGCUCGCCCUCGCCGAAAAAGCCAGCCAGCAGAGAGAAGGACAACGAGCCGCGAACACGUCAUGGUGAUCCCGAUCCCGCCCGCCCUCGGCGCCGCUCCAGGAGCUACUCCCCCAUCAGGAAGCGGAGACGUGACUCCCCCAGUUUCAUGGAGCCCAGGAGGAUCACCAGCGCUCGCAAGCGUCCCAUCCCCUACUACCGGCCCAGCCCCUCGUCCUCCAGCUCGCUGAGCACCUACUCGUACAGCCGGAGCCGCAGCCGCAGCUACGACAGCUACAGCUCCAGCCGCAGCCGCAGCCGGACUCGCAGCCCCCCCAGCCGCUCCCGCAGCCCCAGCCGCAGCCCCAGCUACAACAGCCGCAGCAGCUCGGAGAGCGCCGGCUUCUGAGCCCCCCCGGCACCCGGCCGCAGCCCCCCGACAGCCCAGCUCUGCCCCCUCCAUGCCACCGGCGCCCCCAGAAGGGACGGGACCAGCGGGGAGGUGGAAAGGAGCCGGGGGAUGCUAAGGAUGGACCUGGCAGCGGGGGAAAGCACGGACGGGAGCUCCAAUGGGUCCUUGGAACGGCCUGGGAGGGGGUGGUUCCCCCCGCUCCGGGGUGUUUUGGGGUCGGGAUGGGGAAGGGGAGGAUAUCUUCUUAUUUCGGGGUGGGGCGGGCGAGCACAGAGCGAGGGAACAAAUGCUCUGCAGAGACUUUGGGGCCAGUGGGUGGGGGUGGCUGGGGACACCCCCGGGCCCGCCCUGUGCUUUUUUUUGUUUGGUUUGACUGUUUUUUAGCACAAAAGCAUCCCGGAGAGGUGGGCGGGGUGGGGGGCAGGCUCAGCUGGAGGGUGUGAUGCCAACCGGAGGUGAGCAAGACGCUGUUUUCCCCAGCGAAGUUGUCCCCAGGAUGUCAUGGGGGACAGGGGCACUGCAAAACAUUUUGGGGUCGCCCCAGACCUGAGCACACACCGAGCCAUGGAUGAACAAAGCCGGCAGCACCUGCAGUCUCUUCCCAAAUGAGGAGAUCCAGGGAAAAACUGCUCGUCCCAGCUCAGGAGCCGAACCCACCCCACCCAGUUUGGGGGGGACCGAGCUGUGACCCCCGGGAGGAGGGAGCUGCAGGGCCUGGGGCUGGGCAGGGGCUUUUCCCCUCCUGGGGGUGCAUCAGCCACCCUCUGCCAUCGGCACGGCCUCUGCUUGCAGCCCCCAGUCCCCUCCUGCUCUGGGGAAACGUGGCUGCUUUUUAAACUGAAUUAUGGGAAGAGAGAGGCAGGAGGGUCCCGGGCUUGGCCCGCAGCCCGGCUUUUGCAGGAUUUUGCUGAUUUCCCAAAAAAAAAACCCUGCUCCCCAGGCGCUGAGGACAGUGGUGGCCCCCGGGGCGGUCGGGGUUUAAUCCCGGUGGCCCCGCGUUUUCCGGACGGCUGGAGCAGGACAAUGGGGAUGAGCCUCCCUGGGUGGGAGAGCAGCUGCCUGGAUUAACCCGAGGGCCCUGGAUGUAAAGCCAGGCUUUGGCCGUCCCGCUUAGCGCUGGUUUCCAGCCAGCCGGGAUCGGGAGGAUCCUUUGGAGUCCAGCUCAGCCUCGUUAGCCGAUGAACCAGAGGGCCCGAGAGAGCAGAGAUGGGAGAAAAGGGGCACUUCAGGGUCAGUCUCCCAACCCUGGCAUGUCCAGGCUCAGACAGAGGCUGAGGAUUCACCAGCCCUUGGAGAAAAAUCCCAGGAGCUGGGCAGUGAUGGGAGCCAGCCCCUGGGAGUCCCAGCCACCCACUGGCAAAGACACCUGAACAAGCAGAGGUGUUAGAAAAGGGGUGAACAGGUAAGGAGGGGACACACUCGUGGCACUCCCUGCUGGAGCCUGUCCCCACGCGCCAGCCCCGGGCAGGAUGGCAGCUCUGGAUGCGACUGUGGCAGGAGGGAGACAAAGGGUCCUGCUCUCCUGGAGCCCGGGGAGAUGGAGGAUGAGUUCCCCCAGCAUCCCUACAAACCCUGAGCCACACACUCCGAAAACCAUCCCAGCAAUUCCAGCUGCUGCCCCACAGCCCCCGUCCCCCCCAUCACCCCGUGGGAAGCUCAGACUGACUCUGGACCCCCAACCCUGCUGGGAUAUGGGGGAAUCCCCUGAGAACAUCCGAACCCAAGCCAGCAGCGGGGAUUUCCCCAGUGGCCGCAGCCCCAGCCCCAGCCCUGCAGCCCCCGUGGGGCCGCGGCUCCCAAAAACCCGAGACCCGACUGCAGCGGCGCCGCGGACCAGCCAGCACAUCAGGGAAAAAUUCCAGUCUUCCUCUUUUACAGUCUCUGUCUCCUGCCGCGGAGGGAGCCAACUGGAACAAAUACUCUGUAGAAAUACUUCAGUAUUUUCCUGUCGCGCGUGCGCUCUCUCUCUGGGUUGUGAGUACAGCUGUAGAUGCCGUGAGCUGGUGCAAUUAUAAUAAAUAUACAGUAUAUAUUGUAAAUGA